AUGAGUGCCAUCACUGGCAUGAGUGGCGGAUCUACUAGCUCCACGAGUGCUGCUGCCGGCACAAGUGGUGACAUCAUUAUGUCCGGGACCAAUACCAUCGCUUCUCCUCCUCCCCCGUCUAGUGCUGCCACUCGACCAACUAUCUCUACAACCUCCAGUACCAGAAAGCGCUCACACAAUGCCACAUCCAUGUUCCAUGAUGAUGCAGCCACAUUCGCAUCCACAAAACAGAAGUCGCGUGCAACCCAGUCACGUGCUGACAGUGGCCAAUCUGCAAUGAUGACCAGCGCUGCAAGAGCAGCCAAGAUCAUGCCAGCUGCAGCUGUUGUGGGCAUGCAAGGGUCCAUCAAUCGUCUCACCGAUGUGAUCGAGAAGGGUAUGGUUACUGAUGUGGAAAGGCUGGAGAAGCAGAGACACGCUGCCUUGCAUAUCUUGAACGGGGAAGAUGCAGACUACUAUCCGUUGCAGGAGAGGGUCAUUGUCAUGCACAUGUUUGCAGAUGACCCUGCUGUCACCGACGUAUACCUUCAAAACGAUAACAAAGACACGCGGUACGCAUUCAUCCAGCACAUGAUCCAGUAUAGAUUUCAGAAGGUCCCGCAAGCACCACAAGUGCCAUACGUCCAUCCGCAGUUGUAA